CUUUGAAUUGUCUUGUGUAUCGCACAUAUAUAAAAAUUUAUAUUCAAUGAAAUAAAAUAAAUCAGUGAAAUAAAAAUGUUUUGACAAUUUCAUUGAAUGUUAAAAUUAUUCAGUGAACAAUUUAACUCCUUGUGAAUCGUUGCCGAAAUCAAAAUAAAAAUUUAUGAAAAGCAUUCAACAUUCGAGGAAGGAACUCAGUGAAAAUGAAUACAAAGAGGGAGUGAAAAUGUCUUUUUUGUGAACAAAAUAAAUUAAGUUACAAGUUUGAAAAUAAUCUUGAACAUUUCAUAACAGCUUAGCAACAUCGUAAACUAUAUAAUGAUUAAAUAAAAGUGUGAAAAGUGUUAACAAGCAACGAUGUAACAAGAAGUUUAGUAAAUCAUGUUAUUAAUUUAAAACUUAUUCAUCACAAAGAGAAAAAUACAUCGGAAAUAAAGCAGCGAAAAAUGGAUUUUAAUCCAUUUAAUGACUAUGAAGCACAUGAGGACUAUAGCAACCAUACCAUCCAUAUAUCACCAGCAAUCAAUAUCACAAAACAUCCAUACGAGAAUUUAUUCAAAGGCAUUUCACCUGUUCUACUUUAUUUUGCAUCAGUAUGUUGCGUCCUUUUUAUGCUACUUGGAAUACCUGGAAAUCUCUGUACAAUUAUAGCACUGGCCAGAUGUAAAAAAGUUCGAAAUGCCACAGCAGUGUUUAUCAUAAAUUUAUCAUGCUCAGAUUUGCUCUUUUGUUGCUUCAAUUUACCACUUGCGGCAACAACAUUUUACUAUAGAGAAUGGGUUCAUGGUGAGAUUAUGUGCCGUUUAUUUCCCGUACUUCGAUAUGGAUUGGUAGCUGUAUCACUGUUCACAAUACUAACAAUAACUAUAAAUCGUUACAUCAUGAUUGGACAUCCACGAAUUUAUCCUAGAAUUUACAGACGUCGAUGGUUAACAUUAAUGGUCUCACUUACAUGGCUAUGUGCAUUCGGUACAUUGAUACAAACAUGGCGUGGAAAGUGGGGCAAAUUCGGCAUGGAUACGACUAUAAGCUCAUGUAGUAUCCUUCCGGUCAAUGGAAAGUCUCCCAAAGAGUUUCUGUUCAUCAUGGCAUUUAUACUGCCAUGCUUAGCAAUAGUUUUAUGUUACGCAAGUAUUUUUUAUAUUGUCCGAAAAACGGCUAUGAAGACACAUGAGAUGCCGAAAACAAACGGAUCGAUUCGAAUGACCAACAAUCAUAUGAUUGCAAAUAAAAACUCUCCAUGUCCAGUACCUCAAAAGUCAGCAUCAAAUCAGAAGCUUCAAAGGCCAUCAAUUGAAAUUGACGAUUGCAAUGGGAAAAUUGAUGAGGGUAAAUCAAUUGAGGAGCCAAAAAUCAAUAGUAAUGUCCACACUCGUAGAAGUUUAAUGAAAUCAAAAACUGAUGAAUUAAAGUUCAUCGACACAAGUUGUGAGAGCGAUUUGCCGCCGACUUUAUCACAAUUACAACGAAAGAGCGUUCAAAUUGAGGAAAUUCCAGUCAUUUUUGCAUCGCCACCAACAUCACCGACAACCCUUACGACGACAAUUAUCUCAUUAGAGAAUGAACAGCGACAAUUUAAUUCAAUUAAUAAUAAAGAUGAACUGAUACAGAAUAACGUGGGAACAAUUGUGCAGACGCGAGGACAGAGAAAUUCUCAUGACAUGGGAGUGGACUCAGCUGUUGAGGAUAGUACAGUGUCAUUAGAGCAGAACAAUAUGGCUCAUCAUUUACUGUCAGUACCCGAGCCAUCAAGUAGCUCAUCGGGAAUCGAGCUGCCAUAUGAAGAAACACCAAAGAAAAAAAAACCGAAAAAGCCAAAAUCACCGACGAAAAUAAAACAAAAGAAAAUCAAGGCUGAAUCGCCACCGAAAGAUUUACCGACAAGAAAAAAGUCAUUGGCAAAUACGUCAGGAGCAUCGAUACUGUACGGUGCUGCUCGUAUGUCAGCCAAAGAUCGACGACUUUUAAAGAUGAUACUCGUAAUAUUCAUUUCAUUUCUGACAUGCUAUUUACCCAUAACGCUAACAAAAAUCGCGCGUUCAAUUGCUGAUGUAAACUUUUUAUUCAUCACUUCUUAUCUCUUGAUUUAUUUAACGCCAUGCAUAAAUCCAAUAAUCUAUGUUGUUAUGAGCUCUGAGUAUCGUCAAGCAUACAAGCAACUGCUAACAUGUCAUCUCAAUAAGUCACGUGGAUGUAAUGGAAAUGCAAAAUAUCAAAAUGCAAGAAAUCGCAUGUGACAUCCGUCAAUAACUAAGACAACUACUAGCACAACAAUAACAAAAUGACAUGACUAAAGCUAGUGAUAAUUAGGACAAUUUUAUCCACAAACUGAACCAAAGAAAAAAAUAGUAAGGAAAUGGAACCAAAUCAACAAGAUUAAAAAUGAUGUUUCUAUUAAUUCAUAAGCAAUUCACAUUCCAUUAAUAAAAAAUUGUUCAUCACCCAAUUCAUUAAUGUCUUAAGAUUUGAGCAGCUUAAUUAUAAUGUCUGUAGCUUUAAAAUAAAUUUUUAAUAUAAAAUCAAGUUUCUGGAUAGUCUGAAACAUUAACAGAAUCACCAAAAAAUGACCUUAACAACUGUAAUUCAUGCACUGCAUAUCUGGUUGUUAAGGAAGAAUACUCUAAGUAAUGAAUAAAUGUAAAUUCAGUAUUUAAGUAGGUAAAAUAAAUUUUGAAAUUUGUUAAUUCACAUAGAAAAAUGGGAA